GUGCAGACGAGCUUUAAUGUGCAAAGAGGUUUAUUUAAUGCUCAUCUGAAACGCUCUUUUACACCAUUUUGGGCGUCGUUUUACAGCAUGCUGACAGAAUGAACUCUCCAUUCCUGCACUGAGAGCAGUGUUUGCAUUAAACAAGCCUUGGUGUUUGUGUGCAGCUGCAGGCCCGGGACAGGACGGCUCUCUGUUGGAGGCACCAGGCUAAAGGCUAAAGGCUAAAGCAGCUCAGAGACUGUAAUCCCCGUAUGAAACCAUCAUGGCUGCCACUCGCUGAGCUGUCAAGCUCUCCACAAAAGAAAAGAAACCUUUUGAAACCAUGGAUUCUGUGGAUAUUGGCGCAGUUACCUCCACAGGAGGCAAUAAACAGCGUGUCAACAAGAAGAAUAGAGAUUGGCACAAACGGCUCCACCUCAGGAAGACUGCCGUUCAGCCCCCAACUAUGCAAAGUGAAGAUAAGCGUGGACCAAAGAAGAUAGCAGAGGAGUGGGAGCAAAGCGCAGUGUGGCCUUCAUCAAAGAAGCCCCCCCAGGAAGCACAGCAGAGGACAAAUGACAGCGGAAAUACACUCAGGUUCACAUGCUCUCAAUGUACGGACAACUUGGAAUAUGUUCACAGAGACUUAGUGAGACACUUUGAGGAAAAGCACAGAGGGAGCCCACCAGUCUUUUCCUGUCAUAUGUGCACUUUCAGUACACAUGAGUUCUCCUACCUUCAGGUUCAUCUUUUAAGCCACAAAGACACUUUUUCUAGUUGCAGCGUUUGUAAUGACAAUGUUCAACGCACAUGGCCUGAAUUCAGCGCACACCUGACUAUGUGUCACUGCCAAAAUGACAAAUAUUCAUGUGAAAUGUGUCCAAAAUUCUCCACAGGCGAUGUUAGAGUAUUUUUAGGGCACAUGUAUGCACAUAAUCUGGGCCUGGACGGAGCCAGUGAUGAUCUAUCGCUGCACACAAAGGACAAGAAUAAGUUUGGGCCCAAAACAACCACUCAAGCUUUGCGUUGUCAGCACUGUGGCUACGAGGCAUCUCACAAAUUAUUGAUUACGAAGCACAUUAAAGCCGCCCAUGUUAGCCAGAACGGUAAUCAGAGGAAGAAGAAAAAGAAGGAGGUUCAUUCCAUAGCGAGUGACCCAAUCCCAAAAAUUAAGCCUCGAUUAACAAGAAGUGCAGUUAGGGAAAUGUGCUGGCUGACACAGGACUGCCUUUCUCUGCCAGGGAGAGAAUUCCUGGAUAAAUACUGCCAUCUGUCAGAUCCACAGACAACACUAGAGGAGACUCAACAGUUUUUGAUGAAAUCUGUUGCCGGGGAAACCGGUGACCAGAAAUGGACCAAGGCUCUUAAAACUGUUUUGACAAAUGUCCCUCAAGAUAUGAAUCUUCACCCGAAGUCUGAGAAUGGAAUAAUGUCGAACUCGUCAGAUCUUACUGUGCUGACGGUCAAGAACAAGAUAACGGUGGCUCAGAACGGUGCUACUUAUGCCAAAAAGUUGAAAAUGAUGACCUCGUCAGAUAAGGAAACGGUUUCCCCUGAAAGUGCUGCUGAUGAUGCUCAUUGUGUCGUUGACCAAAAUGGAUGUCAGUCAAAUUUGAACGAUCAUACGCCUUGUCCACAGACUGAAACCAAACUCACUAACGAGGUCUCGAUGCCAGCGGAGAAUGAGCUGUCUGAGUGCGCUCAAAUGCAGGAAAACUGUGAGAAUCAGAAAUUACAGACUGAUCAGAAAGUCGAGGAACAUGGUCAAGGAAAUGAGGAGCCUAUGCAUGAGGACGGGGUUAAAAUCUCCAGUGAGCUGAAGUUGACAAAUGAUAGCGAAGAGCCGACAUCCGUUCAUAAAGUUGUACCAAAAAAUAAGAGACGCAAAAGAAGACGAAAAAGAAAGGCCCGAUCUAAAAGAGUGAAUAAAAUAUCAGCAGGAUUGGCCUUAAAGAUAGUUUUGAAGAAGAAUCCGGUGAAGGAGAAGCAGUGGGUGUCACAAAGCUCUUUGUCUCCAUCAGGAGGGGGUCCGACGGAUGAUGGACUGCCGAUCCCUCGUACAACAUUGGAGGAGACGGUGCCGAUUCUUCAAAAUGAAGUAAACCAGCAGAAACGGACAAAAGCUUCCAAGACUGACCCGCACAACCCCUCUGAAGCCAUCACUUCAAUUCCUCGAUCGAAGCCAAGAGAAGAACUAACCCCUAGUUGUGCUGCAAAGCCAAUGGGGUCUAAGAAUAUAGAAGGAAACUCGGCUGUCACGCUCGAAGGCUCGCUGUCAACGCAUCAAGAAAUGCAAGACGAGGCAGAGAAGUCACUGCAAUUCCUGGAAACCAAAGUUGACGUGAGCGGUUUAGCUGGUAGGACAGGCCAGUCGAAUUCAAGGGCUGCAGCCGUGACUGAAGUAGAGGUGGUGUGCCCCGAGAGCGCACGGCUCCAAACAUCAGGCAGUGGCAGGGGCCGCCAUGUGUCGGACAAUAAGAUGAGUACAGCCUCUGAUGGAGUGACUCCUCGUAGCAGUUACACCAAGUCUUCCCCUGCUUCCCAACCUGUUAUCACACCACAGGAUGAGAUAAACUCUGAAGAUGUAAGCCUUGCCCUCUCUUCAGAGCAGAGUGUCGAGUCGAUGAGAGACAGAGAAGUGCCUGCAAACUCCUGCCCAGAUCUUCUCAGCAACACCAACCUGCCUGCAGGGAAAGCCAUCCAACAGGAGCCAUCACCAGCCCCUGGGCACCAGUGGCAGCUGGUCCCAAAAAACCAGGAGAGGACCCUGAAGUUAGUAGCCAUAAAUCCAUCUCAGUUGGUAAAGCGUCCAGCGGGAGACCAGCCCGUUGUGGUGCUAAAUCAUCCAGACGCUGACAUCCCCGAGGUCGCCAGGAUUAUGGAGGUCGUGAACAGAUACAGAGGGGAGGUGCAGAAGGUCUUACUGUCACAGAGGACCGUGAACGCGCUUUCAGCUAUGAACAGCAAGCUCCCUAAGACGGAUGACCCGACGGAUGCCCGACCCGAUUCUGCCAGGCAUGGGAAAAACUCUGUACAGGAGAGGUUCAUGUUGAAAUUGAAAUUUCGUAGGUUGAGCAGGAAAAAGUACGAAGUGGUCGGCGUGACCUCUCCCAGCAGGGAUGCCGCCGCGACCAAGUUUCGCUGCUGGUUUUGCGGCAGGGUCUUUGCAAGUCAAGAAACGUGGAUGGUCCAUCGGCAGCGACAUCUGAUGGAGUGGAAAAGGCCAAACUGUGAAAACUCUUAAAUGUCGCAUACACUGGAUGAUAUACAGCCUGGAAAAAGAUGACUUUGCAAUACAACAAAACAAUAAUGGAAACGCUGAUAGCCAGGCUCCUCAUUUAUUUUUUUUAAAGUCUUAAUUAUGAUUGGUCGUUUUUUGAGGAGAAUCACAUGAUUAUCUCGCUUCCUGGAGGGUUUACAUUCUCAGGGUAAUUUAAACAUUUACCUGUUGUCUCUCUCCCAGUUUGAGUAGCUGCAAACUCUUAUGUAGGUUAUUUGCAAAGCCACAAGGACGUGGUCUGGAUCAUUUAGUUGUUUGUAUUGUUUGUACUUUGUCUACGCAAUAGCUUUAUUUAAGGUGAUUUAAGUACACUGUCUUAUGGAAUCUUUUUAUAGAACACUGUAAUAUGUAUAUUUGCCAUAACACCUGAAUUUUAUGAAUCAGUUAUGUACGGGUAGGCUAUACAGCGUGGUAGCUAUCAUAUUUAUGUUUCUGGAAUGGGACGCAGAGACCCACAAGUUACUCAGAUAUACCAAAACUGUGUGUUUAAAAAAAAAAAAAAAAAAGACAAUAAGCUGUUUUAUUCAACAUUUAUUUAUGACUUUUAGGUUUAGCCUUUAUAUGCUUUUCUUUAUGCUUCUUUGGGCCAUUGGAAGAAUCGGUGCAUUUAUAUUUUUUUUGUAUAAUAAAAUCCAAAUUAUGUUCAAAUAUAGUAUUAUCUGUAAGGUAUAUUUUGAUGCUUUCACUCAGUGGAAGCAGAUUUCCCUAAAGACACGAUUGAUUUAAAAUAGUAAGCCUGUGUUUGUGGCGUCGAUGAAAUACUAGCAAAAUGACUUCUUUUUAAAUUUAGAUUGAAGAGGCCUAGAUAAUAUGAUCAUGUAUAUUUUUCCAAUGAGUUUCCUCUCUUUUGACUUGAAAUGAUAAUCUUAUCUUUUAAUUGCACUAUGAAAGGAGGAUUUAUAUUUCCCGUUACCUCACCUUAUCAGGCCUAAGCCUUUGACAAUCUCAACCAGUGUCCUCCUGUGGCUAAACAUUUCCUUAUGCAGCCAUGGUCCCUCAGUAUUCUCAGCAAGGGAACUGUGGCUCCUGUGUGUGUAUGUAUGUGUAUGUAUGUGUGUGUGUUAGUCAAUGACCAUUGGACAGAUGCACCUGUCCCGUGUGCUGAUGUUUAGCAUCUAUUCUUGUCUCUGGAGCGCACACCUUAGUGUCAGUAACUGUGUGUGUGUGUGCGUGUGCGUGUGUGUGCUUUUUUCAAUUUAGAUAAGAGAUUUAUAAUUGUGUAUAUAGUCCAGAUAGAGGUACUGUAAAAUAUGACCUGAGAACUUUCACCAAGUGCCUAGGAUGUUUUGUUAUGCACAAACAAAGCAAAUGUGCAUGAGUAUCAUAGCAUUACUUGUUGACCACAAAAUAAAAGAACCAGUUUGCCAGUUCCUGGUGGCAUUGUGUGAUGACUAGAGAUGUAUGCAACACAGGAAGUAUUUUAUUAAAACAAAAUAUACAACCUUGUAUUUUUGGCUCCCCAAUGUAUUGCUGUCAUCAACAAAUUAUUUGUCUGCGUGCUGUCUGUAGCUGCAGUAACACUGUCUCGUCCUUUGCAUUUAUUUUAAUACACUGUUUACUGACUGAGCAUUUAAAAAAAAUAAACAUUUUAAUAAAACAUGAGUUAAAAAGU